UCCCACUGCCUUCCUAAUCUUCAUUGCCGCCUCACAUAUUUUCCUAUGCAACUGAUGAGAUUCACCUUCAAAUGGCUUCACCAGUGGUUCGGCCCCCUUUUCCAUUUCCCAACAUACUUUUCAGCCUUUGAUUUUAUAUACUACUACAAUUUAGUACCACUUAUCAUCUAAACUUGAAUUAUUUUCUGCAGAUUGCAUCAUGUUGGUAAAAUCCACUACAUAUUCUGGUAUCUGUAUUCUGCCUCUCAAACCUUAUAAUUGAGGAAGCCCAAGUUCUAAACCAGCUGAUUGUAUCAUUUUUGGUUUUUCUAUUCCAUAUUCUGCAACUUGCAUUCUCAACCUUCAUCAAAAACACUCGAAUUGAUCAAGAAACAAUAGAUCCACGCCCAGAAGAAGGUAGGAAGUAUACUGAAUCGGGCAGUCUAUGAAGAAGCCUUUCGCUAAGCACAUCCUUUCUUUUCAUCAAGUUGCAUUCUCAACCUUCUUCAAAACUCUCGAAUUGAUCAAAAAACAAUAGUUCGACGCUAGAAGAGGAUACUGAAGCGUGCAGUCUGUGAAGAAGCCUUUCGCCUGGCCCAGCAUUUCUUUUCGUCAUUUGGAGAAAGCACAAUCCACAAAAGCAAGGUGAUUACCCCAUGUCUGGACCCUAUGCCAAUUCUGCUCACAAAUGGGUUCCAUUUCCUAGGAUUUAUGAUGUAUUUUCAAUGAAAUAUUAUGGAAAAUCCACAAGUCUUAUCUUUAUUUCCUUUGAGAUGAAGAAGCGAACCCAUGGGGUAUUUGAUGAGAACCCAGAUCUGAGUUCUCACUGGGUUCUCAAAAUCAAAAUCUAGAUGACUUCUUCGAAAUCCAUCUUCGAAUCUUCAAAUGCCUCGUGUAGAUCUCCUACUUCCUCCAAAUCUUCCAUAAUUUUUUAAAUUUUUUGUACGGUGCUUGCCAUCUCUUCCUGGAGAUAUCGGAGGUGGGUUGAGGGGCUUUUAAAGGAAGAUUAAAAAGCAGCUAUGGAAGCCGCUGGAGUUGGUUUUGUAAGGGACAAGGAAAAAGCAACAAUGGAAACUGCUGGGUUUUGUUGGUGUGGAAACUGGAAAGAAUGAAAGGUUGAGAAACUU